UGAAAGUGAAGUUGGUUGUUGUUGACUUGACUGUUUGCCGGAUUGUUUUGUUCCGUAAUUCCCCGCUCUAAAAAUUUUCCACAAUGCGUGAGAAUAUCGCGAAUCCGACUCCAAUGGAAAGUUUAUCGUUCAACGGCUUUCAAAAACCGCUCCACCAAGUUUCCAAGGAAGGAAAUCCAAUGGCAUCGAUCAGCAUAUCCUCCAAUGUUUAUUAUGGUUAUCAACCGAUAAGAAUCCAAAAUAAUGCCGAAAUCUCUGAAACUAUGGACACAGAGGAAUCGAAUAAAUUUUGUAUUCGUAUGGACACCCUUCCUCAUCCAGUUAACAGAAAACGAACUCGAGAACCUACAGAGGCAAGCCAGGAAUUGUGGAAAAAGAGGCGACAAAAUGAACCAGUUAAUGUACCAAAUACGGCUAAGUGCUUGCCCAUUCACCUUAGUCAAUUAGAUGAAGAUCUUCUUCGAGAAACCCAUGGGUGCAGUCAUUAUCAUUGGGAAUCUAGUAGAAAUAUGUAAUAUUUUCGUAUUUGAAGGUAAAUAUUCACUUGAGCAUUUCGAAGAUUUUGUGCUACUCACAAUGCCUUUUUAUUUACAUACAUUUUGCUACAAAUAAAGUACCUACCAAUUCUAAAAAAGUUCCUACCACAUUUUGACUGUAAGAUGUAUUCUCAGAAUCUCUUUUGAAAUUAUCCAGGUUUUAGUAGGAUCAUUUGAAGCAUCGAAAUGUAUUCGUUUUUUGUCACAUAGAAGUGUCUCUGCUUAUAGUUAGAUGGUUUGAACAUUCCCAAAAGUAGGUAAAACUUUUUUAUAUUAUUCACUUCCCCCAUUAUUUUUGUUCGAGUCAAUGUUCAAAUGAAUACUCACCUUAGAAUUAGUUUUUGAUAAAUAUGUAAAAAACCCUAUAUUUUUGGGUACUUUUCUCAUGUAUAUGUAAUUUAAAUUUGACACUAGAUUGUUAGAAAAAUUACUUAUUUUCAGUUCCUCUCUAGUACCUAUGUAUUUUUAUAUCGAUUUAGAAUUAGAAAUUACGUUCUAUGUAAAACUUGCUGACCUUUUCAUAACUUGUAUUAAGAAUCUGGUAAAUAUCCUAACCAAUAUCAAAUAUGAAUUUUAGAUGUGAGUUUUUUCAUGUCACGGAAAUAAAUACAUAAUGUUAUUCCAGUAGUAGCUUACUAUUAUGUAAACUGACAAAAAUUUGCUCAAAAGUGCCUUCUCAUUAAAUAGUUUUUUGAUUUUGAUUAAUUAAUUAACAUUACGACUUUUAUACUUAAUUAAAAUAAAACUACAUUUUCUUAAAUACUGUUCAGUUUUUAUUUUUAAACAUACACCUUUUUUAUUUUAGGUUAAUAGUGGAAUAUAAUGAGACUCAAUAAGCAGCUAAACAUUUUAAAAUAAUAAUUUAACAGAUAAUAUAAUUUAAAAAAAUAUAUACACAGCAUCUUGGCUUCUCACUCACCAUUUAUUAUAUAAUAAAUUAAUUGCAGUCAUUUAGAUAGAGCAAGCGAAAUAUAUUUAAUUUCAUUUGAAACAACCUUUCUCAGUAGGACUCGGAAUCGUGAUGAGGAUUUAAAUCUGAA